GUUGACAAAACUGCUGAGUUGGUGGCCAGAUGGACCUACUGUGCUCUGAGUCAGGAGAAGUUACGGCGCCCGAUCGUAGCCUGUGAGCUUGGCAGGUUGUACAAUAAGGAUGCUGUCAUUGAAUUUUUGUUGGACAAGUCAGCUGAUAAAACUCCUAUGGAAGCUGCAUCCCAUAUCAAAAGCAUUAAGAAUGUAACAGAACUAAAGCUCACAGACAAUCCAGCUUGGAAUGGUGAUAAGGAGAGCAUAAAAGGUGACAAAUACGAUGACAGCCAGUCUGCAUGCUUCAUAUGCCCUGUGGUGGGACUCGAAAUGAAUGGAAGACAUAGGUUUUGCUUCUUGAGAAACUGUGGCUGUGUGUUUUCUGAACGGGCUCUCAGAGAAAUUAAAUCAGAAGUUUGUCACAAGUGCGGUGUUCCCUUCCAAGAGGAAGAUGUGAUUGUCCUGAAUGGUAAUAAAGAUGAUGUGGAAGUAUUGAAGAAAAGAAUGGAGGACAGAAGACUUAAAAGUAAACUAGAAAAG